AUGGCAACUUAUCAACCUUAUAACGAACAUUCAUCAAUUACUGGUGGCGGAUUUGAACAUUCAGACAAUAGAUCAAACACCAACGACUCUACUAAUAAUACUUCACGUCCAAAUACUUUGACUCCCGUAACUAUAAAGCAAAUUUUGAACUCUGUACAGGAAAUCCAGGAUGGUCCUUUCGUAACAAAUGGGCAAGAACUUCAUUAUGUUUCUUUCGUUGGGGUUAUCAGAAAUAUCACGGACCAUGCGACCAAUAUUUUCAUUACUAUUGAAGAUGGUACUGGACAAAUUGAUGUAAAGAAAUGGAGCGAUGAUGCAACUGAUAUGACUGCCAGUCAAGAGAAUAGCGAUCAGCAAGAAAAGGAAUAUAAUUCACAAGUCGCACAACAAUAUCAAGUGGGCACAUAUGUCACAGUGUAUGGUGCAUUAAAAGAAUUUGGUGGCAAGAAAAACAUUCAAUAUGCUGUUAUUAAAAACGUUGACUCAUUCAAUGAGAUCAUAGCACAUCACUUAGAAGUGAUCAAAUGGUAUGCUAUAGCAACUGGAAAACUUCCCGAUCCUUCACAUAAUCAAGAACAGUAUAAUAACAAUGGCAAUAGCGAAGGACAGUCAUUGUUUGUACAAGAGAAUGAAGCCACUGAUAAUAGUAAUGGAUCACCUUUACAAAGAAUUCUGGAGUUCUGUAAAACACAAUGUGAGGGUAAAGACGCUAACUCGUUUGCCAUUCCUAUUCCAUUAAUUGCGCAGUCAUUGAACCUUAAUGAGGACACUGUAAGAACUUGUUGCUCCACUCUAACAGAGCAAGGCUUCAUCUAUCCAACCUUUGAUGAUGAUAAUUUUUUCGCUUUAUAG